GUGGCGCUGCGGCGAAGGCGCGGGCCGCAGCCGGAAGGAGGAGCCGCUCGUGGGGCCGCGCCUGCCCGUCUUCCGCGUCUGGCCGUCCGGCCGCCUACCGGAGUCCACGCCAUGGUACCCGGCUCGGUCUUACCCCGGCUGCUCGGCGCAGGUGUCCGGCGCUGGCCGCUCCAGCUGCACCUCGUCCAGACGGCGACCCCGGGCCCGGUGGGGCCGAGCGGCAGGACGCUGGGGAGCGCCGUGGCCUCUGCAGCCCGGGAGCCCGAGCGCAGCAGCGAUCUGAACGAGAGGAUCCUGAGCGAGCCCCUCAAGCACUUAGACUUCUUCAAUGUCAAGGAAUUGUUUUCUGUAAGAAGUCUCUUCGAUGCCCGGGUGCACCUGGGACACAAAGCUGGCUGUCGGCACAGGUUCAUGGAGCCGUAUAUCUUCGGGAGCCGCUUGGACCAGGACAUCAUUGACCUGGAACAGACGGCGACGCACCUGCAGCUGGCCUUGAAUUUCACGGCCCAUGUGGCCUAUCGCGAGGGCAUCAUCCUGUUUGUGAGCCGCAGUCGGCAGUUCUCACACCUGAUCGAGAACGUGGCCCGGGACUGCGGGGAAUACGCCCAUACCCGCUACUUCAAGGGCGGCCUGCUGACCAACGCGCCCCUCCUCCUGGGCCCCAGCGUCCGCCUGCCAGACCUCAUCAUCUUUCUGCACACGCUCAACAACGUCUUUGAGCCCCACAUAGCCGUGAGGGACGCGGCCAAGAUGAACAUCCCCACUGUGGGCAUCGUGGACACCAACUGCAACCCAUCCCUCAUCACGUACCCCGUCCCGGGCAAUGACGACUCGCCCCCGGCCGUCCAGCUCUUCUGCAGGCUCUUCCAGACCACCAUCAACCGGGCCAAAGAGAAGCGCAAGCAGGUCGAGGCCCUGUACCGACUGCAGGGCCAGGAGGGCGCCAAGGGCCACGGUGCAGCCGACCCUCCUUCCCCGGGAGUGCAGGCCGAGCUGGACUUGGGUCAUUCCCCUUGACCUGCCUGCUCUUCUCCCGAGUGAAACAGCAGCCGAGUCUGUUCUGAAGCUGGGACCCAACCCCCUGUACCCACACCCACCCCCGGCAUGGUUCUUAGCACCUUCCCAGUUAUUCCAGGCUUCGGGUCCCUGCUGCUAGGAAUGCUUCUCAGCAGCUGCCCGCCCGGGGCUCCACUUCAGACCCGAGGACCCAGCAGGCUCGCUGGGCAAGUGGCCUGCCUGGAAACGACCCGUCGGAAAACAUCCCGUCCCUGGAGUCUGAAGUCCUUGCUUCUGCCUCAAGAUGAGUCCCUUGUGUGUUAGGAAGGUUCUCACCAGCUUGACUUUUCUCAACCAGAAUACCCCUAGGUUGGGCUGCUUCCCCGCUGCCUGGCUUCAGGGGCUGUGUUAUAACGUGAGGUUGCAGGGUGAGCCACUAAGAAGAUUCCAUCCGGGUUGGGACAGGCUGGGCAAAGCAGACAGCAUGAUUUCAACAGGAAUAAAGCUUAGAUUUGGGCAGAAUGGGGACCUGGACCGUUG